AUGAUUUCUAAAUUGUUUUUACUUGCUUUUCUAGCUCCAAUUACUUGUCUAGCUAGUAGUUUUAGAAAGUUUGGUGGAGUUGGUGAAGAAAUGAAAGUUCUUCAUCAUUUGCAUAGCUAUGGUGGUGGUGCUGGUGGCAAUAUUGGUGGAGGAUAUGGUGGUGCAAUUGGUGGUGGUUCAACUGGUGGUAUUGUUGGAGGAUACGGUGGAGGAUUUGGUUUUGGUGGCGGGGUUGGAGGUGGAGGGAAUGGAUAUGGUGGUGGAAGUGGCGGAUCUAGCGGUGGUGGUAGUGGAUAUGGAGGUUUUGGUGGUGGAAAUGGAGGAUCUGGCAGUGGAGGUAUAGGUGGUGGAUAUGGUGGCGAGAAUGGAGGAUCUAGUGGGGGUGCAAUAGGCGGUGGUGGUAGUGGAAAUGGUGGAUCUAGUGGUGGAGCAGGUGGUGGUUAUGGUGGUGGAAAUGGAGGAUAUGGUAGUGGAGGUGGUAGCGGUAUGGGAAAUGGAGGAUAUGGCGGUGUACACGUUGGUGGUGGAAUGGGUGGUGGUUUUGGUGGCGGUGUUGGCGGCGGUGUAGGCGGAAAUGUUUUCAAUCAAAUACAACCAUGA